AGAACAAACUCCAACCUCCUUGAAUGUGGAAACCAGUGUUUUGGAAGAUACAUGAAAAACAAGUUGCGUCCCCUGUACCUCUAAAUCCAGCGGCUCCUACUCUUAUCUUCUCCUCUCUUAUUCAUACAUAAGCCCACCCUCUUGUCCAAUACGCACAGCACAUCCUCUUAUAUACUCAUUUCUCUCUUUCAUAAACCACCAAGUUCAAACACUCUUUCGUUUCUAGUUCCUUUUCUUUCCAACCCUAGUGGUCUUUUGAUUUGUCACAAAACUGGAAGCAAAAAUGCGGAUGAGUUGUAAUGGAUGUAGAGUUUUACGCAAAGGCUGUAGUGAAAACUGUAGUAUUAGGCCUUGUUUACAGUGGAUCAAGAGUUCUGAGUCUCAAGCCAACGCUACUGUUUUUCUUGCCAAGUUUUAUGGCCGUGCUGGACUUAUGAACCUCAUCAACGCUGGCCCUGAACAUCUCCGUCCUGCGAUUUUUAGGUCGUUGCUUUACGAAGCAUGUGGGAGGAUAGUGAACCCGAUUUAUGGCUCGGUUGGGCUGAUGUGGUCGGGAAGCUGGCAGCUUUGUCAAGCCGCUGUUGAAGCCGUACUAAAAGGUGCUCCGAUAACUCCUAUUAACUCUGAAGCUGCAGUUAAUGGCCAUGGCCCCCCGCUCAAAGUUUAUGAUAUACGUCACGUUUCGAAAGAAGAAAACUCGGCUGCGUCAAAUGAUGCAAACCGAGCCAGGACUCGGUGCCGGGUCAGGCGAGUUGUGAAGCCGAAAGCUAGCAAGCGGGCUUGUUUUGGUAAUGGUUUGGCGUCCAUCGCUGUCGACACGUUGUCGGCACGGGACGAGUUGACUCGUUGUACUAGUCACGAGUCCUCGGUGAGUCACCAAUCCGAGUUGGCAGUGUUGGAUGGCGACAGCAAAGAGUCUGAUGAGAGCAUGGUGUCUGUGGAAACAGCCGAGGCUUCAUUGCUGUUCCCCCCCAACCCCGAGUCGAAAAACGAUUGCAAGGCCCAUGAUGUUGCGAGUAACGGAAUUUCUGGGCUUGAGCUCGGCCUGGACUUGACGCUGGGCUUUGAGCCCGUGUCACGUGCACAUCACGUGGUUCCCGUGAAGAAGAGAAGGGUGGAAGCUUACGGGUCUUGUGAUGUUGACACGUGUAAGAUGGAGCUCAGACUUGAAUAUCCUUGAAUCGAUGAAGCCCAAAGGAAUUGUGAAAGAGAAAGUCCAGUUUUGGCGGCUUGAGUCUGGGUUUUGUUUAGAAGAGAUGCCAGUUAUGUUUUUUCCUCCUUUUUUUUUUUGGCCCAACUGUAAUUUUUAUUUUUUUUUAUAAUCUUUUAGGCCCUUUAUGGUGAGAAUAGAGCUGUACAAAUCUGGUUUUACAUGAACAAAGACAUGGUAAAUGAUCAACAGAGCGAUCUUUCUAA